GGCGCCCGGUGUGUAGGGCUGGUGAUUCUCCUUAAAUAUUGCACACUCUUUCUUAAUACAAAUCAUGUUUAGUUUGAACAGUGUUACUUAAAAAUGUGUAAACAAUGAUCGAUCAUGAUUCGCAGAAGAAUCUUGUUAAGCUUGUGAAGAUUUGAAGUUCGCAAAAAUGUCGUUCGAAGAAAACGUUACGUCGAACAUAACGCAGACGUUAACAAAUUUGUUUGAAGAAAUGUUACUAGCGACGGAAGAGUCCAGUGAGAACAAGAGCGUUGAUGUUUCAAAAUUUUUAACAGCCCUGAAAGAGAAGUCGACUAAAAGUAGCCACGACGCGUUAGAUUUCGGCACUCUGGUUAAGUUAGUGGAUGGCUGGCGCUCUAAACUAAAUCUCACUAAGCCGUCCGAAACGACAUGUAACUACUGUGACGGCAACAUCCGAGAUAUCAUCCUAGCGUAUAAUAGCAUACACGGAUACGUCAGCUUAAUUGUUUGCCUGUUCGGUAGUUUGGCUAAUUCUCUGAACGUAGCCGUGCUAACGAGACGGGACCUUGCUGCUGCGCCCAUUAACCGCUUGUUGAAAUGGUUGGCGGUUGCAGACGUGUUCGUUAUGAUGGAGUACGUACCAUUUGCUGUGUAUAGAUAUUUGAUAUUACCAGGGCAACGUGAAAUGCCGUACAAGUGGGCAGCCUAUUUGCUUUUCCAUAUGCACUUCGCUCAGAUAUUCCACACAGCAUCGAUAUGCCUCACACUCUCUUUAGCGGUUUGGAGAUACGUUGCGAUCAAGUAUUCGGACAGAAACCACGUUCUCUGCACCGAGAGACGCUGCAGCACGGCCAUACUGAGCAGCUUCAUUCUACCGCCCAUCCUUUGUAUUCCUACAUUUAUGGUAUUCGAUAUCCACACAGCUGUCGUGCUAGAACCGAAUGGACCCAUGAUACUGUACCACGUAGAUUCGGAUGAAGAAGGUCAGCUGUAUCAGAUAAACUUUUGGGUACACGCUGUGGUUAUAAAGCUAUUACCUUGCUUUAUACUAACAGUGAUUAGCUUGUGGUUGAUAAGAGAAGUAUACAGCGCAAAUGAACACCAGAAAAAGAUUCGAGUUUACAACACCUGUCCUACAAACGACAAGUUAUUAAAACGUCAAUGCAAAGGAGACAAAAGAACAAAUCGAACGACGAAGAUGUUAGUAGCUGUGUUGCUAUUAUUUCUGGUGACAGAACUGCCGCAAGGGAUUUUGGGCCUUCUGAGUGGAGCAUUAGGUCGAUGUUUCUUCAAGCGAUGCUACGAUUUGUUCGGCGAGCUAAUGGACGCGCUGGCAUUGCUGAAUGGAGCUAUUAAUUUCGUGCUGUACUGUUCCAUGUCAAGACAGUUUCGGAUGACAUUUAGACAGAUGAUGUGGCGUGCGCAUCUUCAUCGGUGGCCGCCACCGCAAGCUUCUCAUUCGGAUGGUUUGAAUACAGCAAAAACAUCGGUUCCUUGAAACAGGAGGACUCAAGAGAG